AUGAAUAUAAAUCAGACGAUCGCUGCCUGGCCAGUUGAUAGGCACCAAUUCUAUUCCGGCCUGCCUCAAAAUUCCUUCCUCAGUUACGAUGCGAUCAGUUCUUUUGUGAUUGGCGAUAUCCUUCUCGGCCCUACAUCAGGCUACGGCCUAAUUCCGAACUCACCAGUUCCCUCUGACACGUUACAAUGGAUCCGUCAUCUCGGUGAUGUCGCUCGUUCUGGAUAUCUUCAAGUAACCAUCGUUGUCGUAUCUAUCAUUUCGGUCUUCCGAGACCUAGCUCGUCUGAGACGAAACAACCCUCACGCCUAUUAUCAGAGCACCUGCCAGGCAUCACGGCGAAUCAAGACCCCGCUCGCGUAUGAACUAUGUUCUUUGACCACCCAGGCUCUUGCCGCCGCCCUCCUGACAACCUCCGGUCUACGUGGCAUGACGCACUGGACUAAUGCCGCUGCUGGUAUUUACAUUCUCGUCUUUGGCCUUAUACGAGUUAGCUGUCGGUCUCACUGGAGAUUUAUCGCUCUUCAUCAAGCCAACUUUGUCUCCUUUUUCCUCCUGCUGUUGCUGGUAUCGACGCAUUGGCUUCCCUGUAUUCAGUCUUCCGUCUCGUGCAAUGCUCGUACGCCCCUUGGUGCCGGCUCACUUGCCCUCGCCUUGUCUGUGGUCAUUGCAUUUUCAACUCCCAGGGAAUGGCCGUCUCCAUUCGCUGACCACGAUGGCAUAGCCGAGGUGAAGCACGACAUGCCGCCGUCACCCGAGGAGACCUGCAGCUGGCUUAGCUAUUACUGCUCGUACGAGUGGUUCACUCCAACAGUCUGGAGAGGCUGUACCAGCAGUCUGCCGAAAGAGAAACUCCCAAACCUUCCCUGGUAUGACCACCCAGCGCUGCUCUUAAAGCGCGUCCGUCGGGCUCGCCAAUGGGGGAAGAAUACAUUCUGGACCACCAUUAAGCUUACUCAGAGCGAGUUGCUGCUCAUGACCACGUGGGCAUGCAGUUCUUUCGUCCUUGAAAUCGUUCCUCCUUUUACGCUGUACAUGCUUCUUGACUAUAUCGAUAACCCCCAGGAUGCGGUAUACCGUCCCUGGGUCUGGUUGGCGCUCAUAUUCCUUGGGCCGACGGCUCGAUCGAUCACCUGGCAGCAGUACAUUUUUACCUCUACCCGCCUCAUCAUUCGCAUCAAGUCCGCCUUGACGCAAGAGCUUUACCAUAGGCUUAUGGAGUCUAUGGAGCUCGAGGAAGAGCAGAAUCAGUCAGCCCAGCCCUCGAAGAAGAAAAAGAACAAGAACAAGAAGAAGCAGAUCGGCACCGCUACCGGGCGCCUAGCAAACAUGAUCUCCAGUGACAUUGAUGCUAUUUUCAAGGCCCGAGAUGUGAUUCUCGUCUGCAUAGCCACUCCUCUCAACGCCACCAUCGCCAUCAUCGCCCUGUACGGGGUCGUGGGGUGGCCUGCCUUCGUUGCUGCCUUUAUCCUCGUGACGUCUACGGUCGUCAGCGUAUAUACCGCGCAAGCCAUGAUGAAGGCCCAAUUUAAGAUACGAGAUGCCCAAGACUCGCGAAUCUCGCUCAUUUCCGAGUAUUUAUCCUUAAUAAGAGCCGUCAAAUACUUUGCCUGGGAGAGGUUCGCUACCGACAAGAUACAGGCGGCCCGUAAUGUUGAGCAGAUCUAUCUUUGGAAAUACGUUAUCCUCAACACGGCGAUCAAUAUCGUCAAUAGCUCGUUCCCUUAUGCGGCCCUGCUCGCUGUGUUCUGUAUACGCAUUCUGGUCCAGAAGCAGCCGCUCACGUCUUCGGUGGCAUUCACAACCGUGGCCCUGGUGAAGAACCUUCGGAGCAGACUUAAUAUGGCGUCGUUUCUAUCCAAGAACAUAACGGCUGCCAUUGUUGCCUUCAAGCGACUUGAUUCGCAUUACGACCGCUGCCAGCCUCUACAGAAAUAUCCUUCCGGUCCCCUGCGAGUGCAGGGUGGAACGUUCAUUUCGAGUAGUACGGCAGUCUUCAAGCUCAAAAACAUUACCAUUGAUUUCGUUGAGAACGGCCUCAAUGUUGUCACGGGCCAGAGCGGCAGCGGCAAGACAAGUUUGCUACUCUCUCUUCUCGGCGAGACAAUCAAGGAAGCCGGGCAGGUUACACGGCCUGCCGACGUUGGUUAUACUCCCCAGACUGCAUGGCUUCAGAAUGACACAAUCCAAAACAACAUCGUGCUGGAGGAGGCCUUCGAAAAAGUUCGGUACCGGAAAGUUGUCGAAUGUUGCUGCUUGGAGCCGGACUUUGACCAACUCCCCGCAGGCGAUCAGACUAUCGCCGGCGAGAAUGGGACUUCGCUCUCGGGUGGCCAGAGAGCGCGAGUCUCUCUCGCGAGAGCACUCUAUUCCAAGGCAUCGGUUCUCCUGCUUGACGAUAUUUUCUCCGCUUUAGAUGCCAAGACAGCCGCGGGGAUUUGGGAACUUUGUUUCUGUAGUGAUCUCCUUAAUGGUCGUACGGUAGUCCUAGUUACUCAAGUUCCCUGGAUCGCCGCGCAGUCCGACCUCGAGAUAAUCCUGGAGAAUGGCUCGGUCCUCUCCAUUGAGCAGCAUAUCGGAGUCGUUCGAAAGCCAGUUUCGGUGGAGAUGGCUUUGGCCACAGAUGAGGGUCUUAACGCUCCUGACAGUAGCAACCUGAGCGGGGAGACGAUCGCGCCGGCAGUCGGCAACGGGAAAAGUGCGGACGUCGUUGAUGCCGAGAUGGAGGCCCGUCCCGCCGCCCGGAUGAUAUAUCGCCAAUACAUCGCCUAUUGGGGAAGUCCGUUCUUUGUGUCUGCUUGCAUAGUGGUUAUAAUACUCGGAGCCGCCACUGUUCCGUUGGGUAAUCUCUGGAUCGCUAUAUGGACGGGGGCGUACGAGAAGGGGGAAGUUAUCAACGCCGGCUAUUAUCUUGGUGUCUAUGCGGCGAUCAUAAUGGGCGAAACGGUUCUGUCAAACGCGCCUCUGAUCAUGAGCAAGUUCGGUGGAUGGAUCGCCGCUCGCACAAUACACCAAAAGCUCGUCCAGGCAGUCCUGGGAGCGCCACUAUCUUGGUACACAGACAUACCCGUCGGCCGGGUAGUCAAUCGCUUUUCGCGUGACAUUGCAUCUCUUGAUAACCAACUCCCAUACUUGGCAAACAUGGUCUUGUGGCAGGGCGUAACCCUCGUUUACCGUCUCGCAUCUAUCGGUUCAGUUUUACCGGUAUUCAUUGUACCAUCUGCGGCCACAUGUCUCAUCGGCAUUGUUGUCGGCGAGAUGUAUACGCGCACAGGUGUCAUUCUCCGCAGACUCGACUCCUCGACGCAAUCGCCCGUGUUUUCUCAGUUUUCUGAUACCCUUACUGGGUUGGCUGUUAUCCGAGCGCGCGAAAACCUGCCCUCGAAGUUUGGCAAGAUUCUUGUGGAGCGACUGCUGCUAUGGUCGACGGCCGCAGAAUCAUUAUACAACGCGAAUCGCUGGGUGGGCGUCAGAAUCGACUUGGUCACAUCAUUGGUGUCACUCGGAGCCGCCGUCCUUGCCUUGGCAAAGGCGGAUACUACCAGUUCUGGGCUUAUCGGGUUCUCUCUGGUGAAUGCUACCGGACUCAGUCACACGAUCCUUCUCCUGGUUCGGUCAACCAAUGAUCUAGAAGUUGAAUUGCAGAGUUUUGAUCGUUUACAAGAGUACUUAGAAGUGAAGGCUGAGGACGCUUCCGACGAUCCGCUUCCCGAGGAGGGCGCUCCAGAAAGCGAAAGUGGCCCCGUCAUUCCUCACGAUUGGCCGAGUAAGGGUGAGAUUGAAUUCCGAAACGUUACGAUUCGGUAUGAUCCGGAGGGCCCGGAUAUCCUCUCCGACAUCAACUUGAAGCUACGCUCUGGUGAGCGAGUGGCAAUUGUCGGACGAACCGGCUCUGGAAAGAGUACGGAACCGGUCUUAUUCGGCGGUACGGUCGAGUCUAAUCUAGAUCCAAGCGGCCUCGUUUCGGAAGAAACUCUCCAGAGGGUUAUCGAUUCGACUAAAUCCGUCGCAUCUUUCCAAUAUCGUCACUCCUCGCACGAUGGGGGCGACGCUGAUGGACCAGACGACGAUUCAGGGCAAAGCACCCCAACCUGGUCACCUCAAGGUCUAUCCCUAACAGCCCUGGUAUCUGCCAAGGGGGAGAACUUCUCUCACGGCCAGCGCCAGGUGCUCUCGCUCGGCCGGGCGCUUGUGCGGAAGAGCAAGCUUAUGCUCCUGGAUGAGGCAACAGCCAAUAUGGAUCAUGAAACGGACAAAGUGAUCCAAGAUGUCCUUAGCCGGGAGGUGGAGGAGGGUGAUGAGGACCGAACGCUUGUCACUAUUGCUCAUCGCUUGCGGACCAUCCUCGAUUAUGACAGGGUAGUGGUCAUGGGCGAUGGGAGGAUAUUAGAGAUCGGAUCUCCUCAUGACCUCUAUAACGCCCACGGCCACUUUUACAAUAUGCCUACGAACCAACCCUCUACCCCCUCCGUCGGGCACUUUGCCGACCCCUUCGAAUCGCCCUUCGAGUUUUACCAGCAUGGGCUCGGAAUGACGAAACUCUCAAUUAGCCCGCGGACAGCCAUCCACGCCAUCCGUGGCCUGGCUCUGGGCACGUCCUGUUCGCUCAUACUGAUAUCGGAGGAGCGCCUGAAGCGCCUCGAGCUCGCGCGGAAGGUCGUUGACAAUGGGAAGCUGAUAAAGUCGCAGCGAUGUUAUAACCCCGGCGGAGCGGUUGCGGCGAUGGCUCAGCUGGAGCACACACAUGCAGAGCUGUCGCGGGUGGAAACCAAUAUGGCGGCUGUGGAUCUUGGGCUGCAAGGAUUUACCACCAAAGUAGGAGUUGACGAGGAGGAGGAGGUGAGGACGAUAUCACAACCAUCCACGCAGAGGAGGAGGCCUAGUCGAACAUCUCAGGGCCUAGGCAUUGAGAGCUCGUUUAGGGAGAUGCAUUUCCCCAUAGGCGAGGCGCAGGCAUUUGUUGUUGCGGCGAAUUAUCCUGCGAAGAAACCUACAAGGGAGGCUGUGCAGUUCCAGCGCGACCAUGAAGGCUGGUCACAGUUACCAAAAAUACCCGAGGAGGCCCUGGAGCGAGCGAGAUCACUCCUUUGCGAUUUCCGCCUACAAGACGAUCUCGAUGGAGCACAGCGAGUUCUUGAUACACUAUGCCACCAUCCCUCGAUCGAUAAUCGAGACUUGGCGGGAACUGAUGCCAAAUUUGUGCUCCGAGGUCUCCUCUCCCCCUCAUCAGUCAACCCAUCCCAAAGAAGAUCUGGUCGACGCUUCAGGCUUGCAGUAUUUAUGUUCUGGGACCAGUACAGGAAAGGCUCGCCAGAGGAAAAGGCUACCCUGCUCGGGCUGCUAGCAGACAUAUUUCGUCAUGAAGACGCCGGACGAGACAUACAAUCCUUCCUAGCGACAUCCCACCUACAAUUCGGACGACAUAUGACCUCGAAGAUUCUUGUCGUCAAUGUUGCCAAGCUUUACCGACGGCAAGGAGAGGGAGGUGCUCUGGACCAAUGGAUUUCCCGGGCCGACAAAGCUGGAGUACCUAUUCACGAAUCCCACUUGGGAAGGACGCUGAUGAAGGAAUGGGAGACGGAGGACUGCGCCAAAGACCUUCAACAAGGGGCGGGAGUACCAAAACAAAACGCUUCUAUCUCGAAGUUGAAGGAAGAUCUACGACGGCCCGUUCGGAUGUUAUUACAACAGCAAGACGAGACGCAGUAUCGCGUAUUCGGCCGGAUGGACGAGGCCGCGAAGCGCUACCAGUGGAAUCAGGUUCUAGACGCCUACUCUAAUGGCCUGAAUGAGGGAAUGACCAUGUCAGACCCUUGUCUUCGGUUGGCGGUGGAGGCGGCAGUGGAGCUGGAGGGUGUCCAUAGCACAAAAGCUCUACAACUUCUCGAACAAGCCCACGGACGGUCUUUGGACGUAGCGCCGAUUGUUCAAACGCUGCUUUUGGCGAGAUUCGACGCUAUCGGGGACGAACAAGUGGCGGUGCGUGAGCAGAAGGCAAAAGGCCACGCUUACCGUUCUAUGCAGAGCCUUCUUGAGACUGUUCGGCCUUUCUACAACCCACCGUCGGAGCUGGUCUACAACCGAGCCAUUCGCGUAUGUCUACGGGCAUGGGAGUUGAAUGAAACGAGGGAGCUGUGCCUACAGCUCGCCAGCGAGUACUGGGGCGGUGAUGCGCUGUACGUGGUGUACAAUUUUGCCAGUCUCCUCACGGUGGCGGCACGUACCAAGGACUACGAGCUCCUCCAAAGAUUACUAGAGGCACUGCCGUGGAGGCCGUACCAGGGACACCCAAUUUGCAAGCAAGUCCUAAAAGAGGCGAGGUUAUCGAUCCGACGGUGGGCGGAACAGGCUACGACGGAAGAGGAUAGGAGACGACACGAGGAUGCUCUCGGAUACAUCGAGAUUGCUUACCAGAACGUGUUGAAGACUAGGUCGGGGGUGCAUCGGCAGCUUAGGGCGGGGAUGAAGAAGCAGGCUUUCGCCGUGCUGACACCGGGACAUGUUGUUGACAAAAACGGAAAUCGGGAUAAGAGGAGUCAAGGCAAGGGUCACGAGGUUAGUGGUGGGGAUAGCAGACCGGAACAGGGCGGAGCACGGUGGCUCUUCGACAUUUACGAUGAAGUGUUGAAGACCGAAAACCCGAAAUAG